AUGCGCCUGCGUAAACAGAACACGCAUAAAACAGGGGGACUCUGAAGGUGAGGGGAGUCUGAAGGGGGACUCUGAGUCUCCAUUUAACAGACUGAGCCACAGCAACACGUGGCAGGGCCAGCUAGUAAAAUUAUAAAAAACCAGGAAAUUGUUUAUAUUGAACCAUAUUUAUUUAUGUCCUGUUCCAUAUCAGUAAAUAAUAUAUAUUCAAAAAUAGUAAUGUUAUUGGAAUUGAUGCCUGAAAGAACCAUAGCUUCUCAUUUUGAACUUUUGUUUUAGCUUCAUAAUAGCAUUACAGACGACACUUGAAACCAUGGCAGCAGAAUAGGCAUUAACUGGCACCUAUGGGGAAAUGGGGAAACAGUUUGAAUUUCACAGUUUUAUUGCCCCCUUUGAAAAGCCUUUCUUUCCAGUGGCCAUUCAAACAUUCAUAUUAGUUUGUAUUGUCUUUAAACAUUCAUCAGUUUUCACUUGAUGCAGAGAAUGAAGGGAUCUGUGGCAAGAGACAAGCAGGAGGUAUUUUGUUUGCUUGUCUAAAAGCCUUGCAACCUCAUUGCAGGAGCAAUAUGUGUCACACUAACUAUUUGAUCCAAAUACAAUAAAGUGGUUGUAUAUUCCGUAACUUCUGAAAGCGGUUUUACCGACAUUGAAUCAUAAUAGUGUAGCUUGAAUACCUUACUUAGUAAUCUAGUAACAAUGCUACCACUGCUAACAUUAUUACUUUUGAACCUUGAGUUUAGAAAUCCUGCUGUAGUAUAUUUGACUAACGUAACUUUUAAAAAAUACUUAAGAAAGGCUAUUAUGCUCUUUCAUUUUGAAAAAAAUAUCAUUGAAAUCACCCUAUUAAUUCUUGUCCACCUUGGUUCAUAAAAGCUAGUAGAGGAGGUAUGAGUGAUUGGGUGCAGUUUAUUUGCCUGGCUGAAAGUGUCCUCUCCUAAAGAAACCCAUGCUGGACCCAUUGGCUUUUAAUGAUUAUCAUGUAGUCACAAAUACCCUCUCUAGGGCAAAGGAGUUGAGAGAAGGUGUUGGCACAAGUGCAGGUACUCUUGGAAGAGACUGAUUAUCUAGGCCCAGUUUUGGAACAGAAUUGAGUUUGACCUUGGAUGCCCUAUGGAUUACUGUACCUUUCUUGGGAUAGAGGAGUGCAACCCUGUUACUACUUUUUGAUCUCUCAGCAGCUUCUGAUGGCAUCAACUAGAUGUCCUUCUGGACUGCCUCCAAGGAAAGGAUAUUGGGGGCCAUUGUUUUACAGUGGUUCCAAUCUUGCCUACAAGGUUGGUUACGAAGGAUAGCAUAAGGGGAGUGCAUUUUGGCUCUCUGGCACUUGUUUUAUAGGGUGCCACAGGGCGCUAUAUUAUCCCCGAUGCUAUUAAACAUACGAAGCUGUUGGGAGUAGUUGUUAAGAGGUUGGGAGCAGGAUGUCACCUAUAUGCCAAAACCAACCAUCUCGUGUUUCUCUAUAACAUCUGAGUCAGGUGAGGUUGUGCAAAGCAUGGACUGGUACCUGAAUGCUGUGGUGGGCUAGAUGAGGGCCAGUAAAUUGAGUUGAAAUCCUGGCAAGGUGGAAGCAUGGCUGAUGAGUGGUUUCUGUGUCUGAGAUACGAGACCAUUUGCCUGUUCUUGCACUCCCUCUGAGCAGGCAUGCAGUCUGGAGGUACUCCUGGACCCAGCUUUGUCCCUUGAGACUCAGGUUGCCUCAGUAGCUAGGAAUGCCUUUCGCCAGCUUCAGCAUGUGCAUUAGCUGUGGCUGUUCCUGAAUCAGGAUAGCUUGGUUAUGGUGGUUCAAGCAUUGAUAACCAAGAACAGACUACUAUAAUACACUCUAUGUGGGGCUGCCCUUGGAGCAGGUUUGGAAGCAGUAGCUGACACAGAAUUCUGCAGCCGGGUUGUUACUGGGCAUGCUACCCUGCACUUAUGUGGGAGCUGCACUGGCAGCCAAGUUAUUUUCAGCAUCCCAUUAUUAUAUACACCUCUAAGCAAUCUUUGGCAUUGUGUUUAAAAUAUGGCCUUAUUCCUUACACCCCUGCCUGAUCUUUGUAAUUUGCCACAGAGGCAUGUCUGACGGUGCCUGGCAGUGCUAGACUGUCCUCGGCAAUAACUUGUGCAUUAUGUGUGAGUUAAGGAAUUCUGUACCUAAUGAGAGCAAGUUGGCAUUUUCUGUAAUGAGCUCCAAGUGCCAACUUAAAGACUUUGUUAUUUUAGCAAGCCUUAGGGAAAUAAUUUAUUGUUUUCAUUAUCUUGUUAGAACAUCUAUUUUUAUAUUUCAGAUUCUUUUAUAUAUGUUGAUAUUAUUGAUUGGUUUUAAUUGAGAUUCUGUAUACUACUUGGAUAUCUUUUUAUGAAUUUGCAGUGUAGAAAUGAAUGAUUAAUAACAACUUUGAAGGUAGAAAGUUGCAGGUUCUCCAAAUGAUCUAGCUCAGUGUUUCUCAACCUUUUUUGGGACACGGCACACUUGUUCCGUGAAAAAAAUCACGAGGCACACCACCAUUUAAAAAGUUUAAAAAAUUAACUCUGUGCCGCCCUAUAUUAUAAUUAUGACUGUAAGAAACACUUGCCAAAUAUUGCUUUCUGAUGGGUUAGUGUUGUGCAUUGGCGGCCGCCAGGCACGUGACAAUGCAAAUUGCCCUUCUCGUCGCCGCGGAACAGCGGUUGAGAAAUGAUGAUCUAGCUUCCCCUCCCUUUCUGCUAUUUGAGAGUUCAGGACAUGGAGAUGGGACUUCAUGGGAUACAUUGUCCCCAUAAUCAGAUGUUAUAUUCAAGUUGUCAUUGUCACAUGAGGCUCAGAAUCUGUUAAGAAAAUGCAAGGUAAAACAAUGAGAAGUGAUCUAACUGGAAUAGUGUACAGUAGCUUCCACAGCUCUAACGUUAGUUGUAUUUUCUUAAUAUAAUAGCUUUUUGUCUAGCACUCUGUGUCUGCACAUACAAUGAAAUAAACUCUUACAGUGCAGCCCUAACCAUGUCUGCUCAGAAGUCCUAUUCAGUGGGGCUUAACUUCCAAGAAGGUGAAAUUAGGUUUUCAGCCUUACCUAUCAUAAUAAAUAUUGGUCUUAAAGGUAGCAUGUGGCCUUCUGGUGUCCCCCCCAAGAAAAUGUAGAUUGCCAUCAGUUUUCAAAAUGCAGAAUAUCAAGCCUUGGAUUUAUACAUGGUGGGAUCGAAAGAUGGAAGAGUAAGUGAGAGAAAAUCUCACAAAUGCUCUUUCCUGAGUUUACCUUCAGUGUAGUCUGGUUGUAACAGUUGUGCAUAUUACCUCUAGUUACAGAACACUUGGCAUUGGUCACAUGUACCUCAACUGUUGAGAGGCUUGGUUUUUUUGUUCUUAAGGCAAAUAUUUUCAGUUUUAAAAGGCCUUUUGUGCAAGUUGCCACACUAAAAAUAGAUGUGAAUAGCUAAAAACACCACAUUAACUAUGUUGCAUAUAACAUGUUUCUGUUUCAGUGGACAGGCCAAAAGCCCAGCAAAUUAGAACUUCUAGCACCAUAAGACGUACCUCUUCUUUGGACACAAUAACGGGACCUUACCUCACAGGACAGUGGCCACGAGAUCCCCACAUACACUAUCCUUCAUGCAUGAAGGAUAAAUCCACUCAGACACCUAGCUGUUGGGCAGAAGAGGUAUUAGAAAAGAGAUCGCAUCAGCGUUCAGCUUCAUGGGGGAGCGCUGAUCAACUAAAAGAAAUUGCCAAAUUGAGACAGCAGCUCCAGCGCAGUAAACAGAGUAGUCGUCACAAUAAAGAAAAAGAACGUCAGUCGCCUCUCCAUGGCAACCAUAUAGCAAUCAAUCAGACUCAGGCUUCUAUAUCGAGAUCAGUCCCUAUGCCGCUCUCAAACAUUUCAGUGCCAAAAUCAGCUGUUUCACGUGUGCCGUGCAAUGUAGAAGGAAUAAGUCCAGAACUAGAAAAGGUGUUCAUCAAAGAGAACAGUGGAAAGGAAGAAAUGUCCAAGCCCUUGGAUAUUCCUGAUGGCCGACGAGCUCCCUUACCUGCUCACUACCGUAGCAGCAGCACGCGUAGCAUCGAUACACAAACACCUUCAGUGCAAGAGCGCAGCAGCAGCUGCAGCAGCCAUUCCCCAUGCAUUUCUCCUUUUUGUCCUCCUGAGUCUCAGGAUGGGAGUCCUUGCUCCACAGAAGACAUGCUGUAUGACCGUGACAAAGACAGUGGGAGUAGCUCACCGUUGCCCAAGUAUGCCUCUUCUCCUAAACCCAACAACAGCUACAUGUUCAAACGAGAGCCCCCAGAGGGAUGUGAGCGAGUGAAGGUCUUUGAGGAAAUGUCGACUCGUCAGCCUGUCUCAGCCCCUCUCUUUUCAUGUCCUGACAAAAACAAGGUUAAUUUCAUCCCAACCGGAUCAGCUUUCUGUCCUGUAAAACUUCUGGGCCCUUUACUACCUGCUUCUGACCUGAUGCUCAAAAGCUCUCCAAACUCUGGCCAAAGCACAGCUUUGAGUACUCUGACUGUUGAGCAGCUUUCAUCUCGGGUCUCUUUCUCCUCUCUGUCAGAUGACACCAGCACAAUGGACUCUACAGAGGUUUUAGUACAACAGCCAUCCCAGCAGCAGCCACCACAGCUUUUGCAAGAACUGCAGUCCGAAGAACACGCCUCUCCUCAAAAUUACGUGAUAAUCUAGAUGAGCAAAGGCAGAGGGACGGUCUAAAACUCAACUGCAUGAGUGGCACUUUUCUGGAACAAAACAAAGCUACUUAUCAGCAUCUUUCUGCAUUUCAGCGCUGUUCUUGGCAGGGACAAAAAUGCAUUCAGCAUUUUGUGUGUGUGUGUGUGAGUGAGUUGGCCGGGGGGGGGGGGAGCAGAAUGCUUGCAGAAUCUGUGUACGUAUCAUUAAGCAUUUUAAGUGGAGACUAUGCAUUUCAUAGAAUGUUUGACCAGAUUAGUACUUUGUCCUGUGUUCUGUUUCAAAUUCUACAGUAUAAAUAAGCUCUAUAUCAAACAAAGGUUGCCUGUCUAAAUAGAAAAUGUCUUGCUGUGUUGUAUUCUAUGGAAAAUACUGUACUUCAGGAUUAUGUUUACAAUUUAUCCAGGUAUUUAUGUUUUGAACUUCUGUAAUACAUACAAUGCAAAAAAAUAUGAAAAAAAAUGGCCACAACAGUUGCACAGUGUCCCCCACCCUAUAUGGCCUAGCUUCAGGUACUUCUCUCGAAGUCUAAACUCAGGUAACUUGGAAUGUAUAUCAUAUUGGGAUAUAAAAUACUUUACAGCUAAAAAGCUAAAGAGGGUUCAUCACUCUUCUGCCUUUCCUUAUUUUAUGCAUUAAUAUUUCCUCAUUACAUUCCACUUUCUUGGAAAAAGUGCAUUCAGAUCUAGGGGGAUACGAACCCUGGGCAUGGGUGAACAUGAGGAGAACCAGCAAAUCUGUGGUGUGCUGCAUCCCAUUGUCGUGUGGUUACAAGUCAAACAAAAAACUAAACUGUUGCAUUUGCCAUCGUUUCAGCGUGUAAAUUGUGGCAUUUUAAAGUUUCAGGUGUUUGCCCAUUAAUGACUGUUAAGCUGUUGUGAAUAAAGUGUUCAGUUUUAGGCUGCACAUAAGAAACAUUCCAUGACGUGUGUGUGAGAGAGAGGCUCUAAGGCAAGAAUGUUUUCGUUUAAUUUCGGCAAAUUCAUUCCCCCCUCCCCCCCAGGUUUCAGAGGGGGUGGUGGGAAUUUCCUCUCGCAAGUUAUAAGGACGUGAAAUGCUACUGUUACCAUUUUAGGAGUCUUAAUUAAUGUUUAGUUUCUCUUUUGGAGGAAAUGUUCCAUUCACAUGCUGGUUGCAAAAAACAAAAACAAAAAAUUAUCUCGGGUUUUUGACAAGCAGUGAUCGGUGAACUUUGUUUUAUUUGUACAGUGGGUAUUUUGCACCUGAACUUAAAAAAAAAAAUCUUACGUGGCUAUGAGGUUUUGUAGAAAAAAAAAAGAGAAAGAAAAGAAAAAAAGAAAGAAGCAAUAGUUUUUAAGUCAUGUAUCUAAUUGAAGCCUUUCUUAGUACCCUUUGGUUUAGGCCCACUGGCAGGUAAAUUUAUCGCAGUUUGAAGGUGGGCAGGCAGUGCAGUCGCUUGUCUUUCCAGAUGCUGCAUAACUUAGAAUCCUCCAGUAGUGUUACAUUAGAGUAGCCCUGGAACUAUGCGAGUGCUGCUUUCAGAGAGAAUGAACCUGCAAUACAAAGGCAACCCCAAAGGCAAGAGACCCACUCAUUCUUGGCUCUGUGCUUUCAGUUCAGUGGAAGUACCUUUAUGCAAGCCUGUUCCUAAGAAAGCCUACUUGCCCCUCUUCAAGAACUGAAAAGAUUAACACUGCAGCUGCUGCUGCUGCUGCUGCUGCAGCAUUUAUGCUCUCUCCGCUACUUCUUUUGAGGAAGAAAUUGGGGAAAUAAUAAAAAAAAAGGCCUCAGUGAAAAGUACCUAAGAAAAGCAAUGAAAUAUACAGCACAUGUAUAUUGUUGCAAGAUGAUGCCCAGUUUCUUUCCUUCCUAUCAUCACCAAAGAGUUUGGUAAUAACCUGUUAGGAAGUUAGACCGACAGUCUCUUUUUCAGUCGCUGUGUGACUGUAGGAGCAGGCGGAGAGUGGAAAGCUUAAAAGAUCUGUUUGUCUUUUGUUUUCACAGUAUUUUUUUUUAAUACAGCAACAGGCAUCUUUAAUCUUGCUAAUCUCAGGCCUUGGUGGAAGCACUAUAUAGUUUGUAUGUUGUUAAAGGGUAAGGGAAAAAAGCAUCCAGUUUCUUGUGACCUAAAUGUGUGUUCUUUGAAGUUUUACAUUAAAGUUGAAUAUGACAGUA